AUGGGAAUUCUAGAAAAAAUCAAAGAGAUAGAGGCCGAAAUGGCCAGGACCCAGAAGAACAAGGCGACAGAGUAUCACUUGGGUCAACUGAAAGCUAAACUAGCCAAAUAUAGGUCACAGUUACUGGAGGCCCCCAAGGGAGGGAAGAAAGGCGAAGGCUUUGACGUGCAACGACAAGGCGAUGCGAGAAUAUGCCUAAUCGGAUUUCCCUCAGUCGGAAAGUCGACGCUAUUAUCAAAAAUAACGAGCACCACGUCGGAGAUAGCCGAUUAUGAGUUUACCACCUUGACUUGCAAGCCAGGAAUAAUAAGUUACAAGGAUUCUAAAAUUCAGUUGCUCGAUCUGCCUGGGAUCAUUCAAGGGGCUUCAGAGGGUCGUGGGCGCGGGAGACAAGUUAUAGCUGUUGCCAAGUCGUGCGACAUGAUUAUGAUGAUACUAGACGCAACGAGGGAUAAUAGUCAAAAAAUAAAAUUAGAAAACGAACUUAAAACUGUGGGCAUACGAAUAAACCAAGAGCCGCAAAGGAUCACAUUGACAAGGAAGAAGACCGGCGGCGUUGUUAUAAAUAGCACUGUCCCGUUAACAAAGCUGGACAAUAAGCUUAUAAUGAGCAUUCUACACCAGUAUAAAAUACACAACUGUAAUUUGCUCUUCAAUGAAGAUGCAACGGUUGACGAUCUCAUUGAUAUUAUUGAGGGCAACAGAAAAUACAUUAAGUGCAUUUAUGUGUACAACAAAAUUGAUAUGCUUCCCUUGGACGAAAUUAACGCCAUCGCGUCUGGCGAAAACACGGUGGUAAUAAGUAGCAGCAAGUCGUGGAAUUUGGACGUGCUAAAGGAGUAUAUAUUUCAGAAAUUGGAAAUUAUUCGCGUGUAUACCAAAGUACGCAAGGAAAAACCUGACUUUACGAAUCCGAUUACGUUAACUAGGCAACGGGGAAGCCAGACUGUGGAGGCCGUGCUUAACCAAAUUCAUAAGGACAUGAUUAAGGAUUUUAAAUUUGCACUCGUUUGGGGAAGAAGUACAAAGCACAAUCCGCAAAGAGUAGACUUACAUCACAAGCUAGCCGAUGAGGACGUCAUUCAGAUUGCAAAAAAUGGCUAGCUAGAAAAAAAAAAAAUACGCGCCAUGUACAAACGUGCAAACAAAUGAAGAAUUUUUUUUUUUAAUGUCCUAUUCUGUGCUAUUGUUUCCAUGAAACUGUAACGAAUUCCACUUAGUGAACAUUUGAUGGGCUUUUUUCGAACCUCCCAUUUGCAUAUGCAUCACCAUUUAGAUUGCAUUUACUUUGAGUGUACAUUUAUUGCUGCACAGGUAUGCUCCUGUGUACUGUACGCACACACUGUAGGUACCCUGGCUGAUGACCACCACCUACUUUUUGCUUUAUGCCUUUUCGACUUUGUCCAACUAAUCCCUCUUAUGCGUUGCGCAA